UUCAUAUCACAUAAAAUUGUCUUGAAGAUCGGUUAUGAGUAAUCAAUCCAAUAAGGUGUGAAAUCCAGUUGACCUGAAACUGUUGUCAAUUUGUGGGAGAAAUAAAAAGGAAUUCAGAAUAAUUGGAUAGAAACGGUGUGUGGUCAUCUUUGGAGCUGGAGGACACUGAAAGUCAAAACUAAAGCUUCUUUGGAAGAAAGACAUAAUUUGCGUGAUCACGGAGCUCGAUUCUUAAAUCAGUCUCACAUUGGAAUAUUAUUGCGUAUAAAAGAACGAACUAGGUUGAGACAAACAAAGAGACUAUUCAUAGCAUUGACCAUGCAUUACAUCUCCAUCAUACCGUUUUUGGUGGCCACUGCAUGCCUAGUAGAAGCAGGUCCAGUUUGCCCCCCUGGUACAAAGCGAUAUUACAACCAGAAAAUCGACAAAGAGGUGUGUUGCAUGGAUAUUCAUUGCCAUCGUGGGGAGCAGCCAGAACCUUGUGACCUGUCAUCGACCACCCCAAGCUGCCGUCCCUGCCCUGAAGGCACUUAUCAGCCACUAGGAAGAUUAUUGAGUGACAGAACCUACAGCAACUGCCGCAUGAAAAAAGCAUGCGACUUCCCAAUCGACAAAGGAACCCCCUACAGAGAUGCGAAGUGCGGCUGUCCCCCGGAUAAGUGGGAUUCCGGAGACGGUAUGUGUUUCCCCAGACCAUUCUGCUCACCAGGAUACGGCCAAACUACUUCAGGUGUCUGCGAGAGAUGUACGGAUGGGACAACGUACUCAGAUGAAAACAGCAACACAGCAAACUGCAAGGUUGUGACAAAUUGCGAGGCUAAGGGUCGAUGUACGCUGACCACUGCAACCAUUGAGUCAGAUAGUGUGUGCGGUACUAAAACCAUCGAUCUAAGACGUUGCCAGAUUACCCAAAAGCCAACGAAAUCAACAGAGCCAUAUAAUCAGAGUACAACAGGUCGUCCGACAAAACCCUUGUCCACCAAUCCAAAGAUAUUAUCAACAGAAAACACGACCAUAAUUGUUUUCGCAGUUUUAGGAGGCCUUAUACUUAUAGCAAUUUUAGUGUUUUUUGUUGUGUACUCUGUUAAAAGAAGGAAAAGCAAGAAUCUUAGUCUCCAAGCCCUACAUGUAAAUUACGCGGAAAAGAUUUCGAAGGUUGCAGAUGUCCAAGUCAAACCAAUCAAAGAAGGAGUCUUCCAGAUUGUUGAAGACUUCUUGGCAGAAACUGCUCCUGAUCAGUGGGUAACUCUUGGAGGCCUCCUUCUUGGGAACGCCUUUGAUGAGAAAAGGGAUGAGAUAAGCGGGAACGAUAUCUCCGAUUCAGAAAAAAUGAGGGAGAUGCUUGGCGAAUGGAAGGAACGAUGUCAAACAGAAGGUCCAGAUCUCGAAUUUCUGUUCAAGUCAAUGUACAGUAAAAAAACAAGGGAGAUCUAUAAAUUCAAAGCUGUGAUUGAUGACAUUGAGAAAGAGUAUGGGACAACGAUUGGAGUUGCAGUUACACUCCCCAACAAUUAUAAUUGCAAUAAUUGUGUCACGUUUAGGUUUCCAUGCUUGAAAUAUCAUGACGACGAUGGAAGUGAAUACAUAAGCAGCACUGGUGGGCUCUUGGGGGUGAAAGACUAUGAUGAAGUUAAGACACCAAUUAGGGGGAGUGAAAAUCUACUGUGUGUGGGUGAACCAGAGCAAUUCGUUUCUACCGUUUAGAGUGAUACCGGUAUCAAAUGACUUCCUGUGUUACUAUACAAAAAAAAUACAUAAACAAAUACACAUGUAUAAUAUGUACCAAAAAUAACAAAAAAGUGUCCUCAAAGCUACAAAAAAGCAAAAUUCAUAAUGCUUUUCAGCAUCAAUCAUUGCUCAAAAUUGUAAACAGCUAAAUAAUAGAAAUUGUGAGUAAUAGAAAUUUCAUAUUAAAGUUAUAUCAUUUAUAAAUAUUGAUACUAAUUAUAUUUAAAAAGUAUAGUAUAUAUAGUAUAUAUAUUUUAUUCAAGUGUCAUCUGUUUCACGAUACAGCCAGCCUUAUUUAGGCUUAUAAGACACAUUAUAUAAGCUUACAUAGUAGUUUACGGACCAAAAGUUUACUUUAAAUUUGCUUCUACCUACAAUAUAUUAUACAUGUAUAUUUCUUAUCGCAAGCGCUUUGAUACCAUAGUUCGCAACAUAUUUCAUUACGUUUGGAUUACUCAGCAUAACUUUUAUUUUCUCAUUGUCUGCUAGUCCUUUUAAGUCUUUUACUAUAGUUGAAAUCAUUUCGUACAUUAUUGUACGUUGUGUACAAUAUGCGGGGCAGUGGCACAGGAAAUGCACCUCAUCUUCUACUUUAUCAUUAUCACAUUUUGAACACGUCCUUUGCUCUACCGGAAAACCGCGGUAUCGUCCAAGUUCCAAGUUGAUUGGGAAAGUUCCAUUGCGCAGUUUAACUAAAGUUGACCGUUCAGCACCGUUUAACGGUUUCAGUAGAUAGUCCUCGGCGGCGAAAUUAUCCUUCAAGAGUUUGUAUGUCCUUAAUUUGGGCAUUUUUGACACAUUUUCCUUCCAGGUCAUAUUAUACGCGAUUAAUAGUUCUUUUUUAACGUCACUCAAAAUCCUUUUGACAUUUGGCACUGUCAUCACACUUCUCGCUAAGUUCUGGAAGUAGUCCAUAUUAACAGAGGAGAAAAUAGUUUUCAUGGAUUUGCACCAUGUCUAUUUUCCUCUACUAAGUUUAUAAUCCCAUCCGAAUACACGUUAAGUUAGCCUCUCUUCUGUCAUAUUUGCCAAUCUAAACCAUAAUCUAACCAUUUCGAGAUGGUGUCGAACAUUGACUGGCGUCCAACCCAUAUCACCUUCGAUGCUUGGGAGCGCUGAGAGCUUGCCUGUACCAGGGAAAGUACGCAUAGCGCGGAAAUGAACUACGUUUGUCUUUUGGUAACUUUUGAACCCCCAUACGCCGGUCGCGUAAUCCAUUAUUGGAAUCACUGUAGCGUCGUAAAGCUUAGAGUACGUCUUAUAUGAAAAUCCUCCCGUGGAAUAAUGUUUCGCUAACCAGACCACCAAGUGCUUUCCCGGCGGACGCUGCCAGCGUCGUGGAGCAUUGCGUAAAAUCUAACGAAUAAUAUAUUUCAAGCCCGAGAUAUUUGUAGGAGUUCACUAUUUCCAGAUUCACCUUGAAAGUCAAAACUGAAUUCAGUUUGCGGCUGCGCUUGAUUACAUUAUAUUACAUUAUAUAUAUUAUAUCAAUUGUUGAAUUUCGGUUUUUGAUAUGAUCUGAAUUUCUGAUGAAUUUCAGUGUCAGUUGCUACUGUUCGAAUUUGUGUAAGAUUUGAACCUGUAAGUUUAUCUUAUAAAAUAAUAUCUACGUACAGUUUUGAAUCCAACAGUAGCCUUUCUUAAUAAUCCAUUCAUGGAUGAAGUCAGGAAAAAGUUAUACUGAAUGUCCUCUCGUAUAACAUCCUCUAACUUCUAACAUUUGACAUUUGACCCCAGCAUUUCACACUCAUGUUUUCGAGAUUUUUUCAAAUUCCAUAGUCAAGUUGAAUAUUUUUUGGAAAGGGCUGGCUGCCUUAAUCCCCAUCCAAGAGGCCUUAGAGGAUGUUAUACGGCAGUAUUCCAGUAUUCCAGUAUAUAAUUAUCUUUAUCACACAUCAUCAUUCCACGAGUUUCAUCGCAAUACGCGAUAUCUGUUUCUGCCGUUUUGGGAAAAAUUAUUUUAAAGUUUGGAAUUAGCUGAAAAUGCAUGGACAUUUUUUAUCGUAAAUUUUUUUUGAUUACCAACUGCUCUAAAAUUAUGAGGACUAAUUAGAUUUCAAAUUGGCAUUGGUCAAAUUGGUUAACUCCAAAAUGUUGGAUAUGGCGCAUGUCGCGUUUUGCAAUGAAUCUCGAACCAGAAAAUAUUUGUAUAUUUUUUUAAAAUGAUCUGAUAUGAUCAGAUAUUUAUUGUAGAUAUGCAAAACCUGUACAUAUGUAUUUAUGUCCUUUUUCAUGUUUAUACAUUUCUAUAAUAAGCUAAAUGAAGAAACCAUUUCAAUAACAUGGUGGGACAGGAUAUUUUGAAUAAUAAUAUUUUUAAAUAAUAUUUACUAGUAACAUGAGUAAUGAACAAAAAUGGGGAAAAUUUGAUUCAUUUCAAAAUUGGUUUCAGUGCAAUAUUAAAACAAGCAUUCGAAAUUCCUGCUACUUAACUAAGCAUAAAACUAAAGGAAUUUUCGAAAGUCAUAACUAAUCCCCACCUGCCAGGUUUUAUAUUUUGUACAGAGGUUUUUCAUUUAGCAAUAGCAUGAAAUGCUGUCGAUAUAUAUAACAUAGUGAACAGGCUGCAAUGUCAACUGGGCAAUUCUGUUGCAACAUGUUUUGAAAGAAAAAUGUCUGUUUUUAAUAUACAUGUAUAUUGAACAAGACAAACUCGACUAAAUUCCCUUAAUAAUUUUUUAUUAUGAUAAUUGUCUAAUUUAUUUUGCAAUGGCUUAAACAACUUUUGCAUGGCCUGAACUCUUUACAUGUAUUUUGGUUAUGAAGGAAACUUAAGAAAGGAUGCACCUAGUCGUAUGAUGUUGAAAAUGAUAAAAUGGACACACAGAAAUUGAAUUAGAAAAACAUUUGAAAUGAAUAUGAAAAUACCACAUUUGUUUACCUAGCAGUUUGUUUUCAUAAAUUACAUGAUUGUGACAAUUUCCUCAAGACGUAGACAUUCCUACCAAUCUACCAUGAAUGUCAACAGAAUUUGUCCAGAUUAACUGAACGGUUAUAUUGUUAUCAGCUUUAAAAAAAAAUCGAAAAUGUUCAUGUAUGUGGAAAUUAACUGUAUUUGUUUACACAAUGUUUUGUACCUGAUACCAAAUUAUUUUGCUGCGAUUAUUCAAUGUUUGCCAAAAAUCACGAGUCACUAAAAGAUUUUUUCCUUUCGAAAUUUGCAUAAUUUGUGCCAAAAUUUUAUUCAUUUUUACUCGAUUAAUUCCCAAUUUAAGGGAUAUUUCAAAUUACCUAGUAUCAGUUACCGUAAGAAUUAGAUACUGAAUUUGUAAGAUUAGCUGGGGGAAUUCAUUAACGGUUAUCCUAAACAACGUUUAUCAGAGUACACCAGGUUUAAAGUUAUCAAAACAAAUAUUUAGUAUUCAUAAAGAAAAUAAGUGUGCCAUCUUUACACACUUCCCAAAUUUCAUGACAUCUGGGUAUAAGAAAAUGAGUUUGUUGUCUGAAAUCACAAGCGUCCAGCAACAUUGAAAGCCACAGCACGUCUUCCAAGUCGACUCCUGGAGAUGGUCGGCCGGCUGUGCUUGUAGAUGCUCGGGACGUACAUUUGAGCAAACAGCUCUCUCAUCUUGGUAAUUUUUCUGAGGAAAAUAUUUGGUGAAUUUUGCAGGGGGAAUAGAAUUAGAAGCAAAGCUGUGAGGUUUUUGUCAAUUUUGCCUGAUUGAAAUUUACAAACUCUAUUUGUUUAAAAUGUCUUGAUGUGAUCGAGCAUGUGUUCAAACAAUAAUGCAUUUUGGCCUGUAAUCUGUAAGGAGGUGCUAGUGUUUUUUUAUCUGUUAGUUUCGUUUUCUCUCCCAAUAUUCUCGAACAGUUGUCUUUUGUUGUCAUUAAUUAUUACCUUUGUCUGUUGGUUUAAUAAAUGAUUUCCACAUUUUCAUGAACAACAAUACCCUUGUUCUUGUCACUCUCUUUGAAUUUCCAUCAGAAAAGCUACUGACAGGGCUGAAGGAGACAAGCCAAACAGACAAAUACAAUUUUGG